GGAUUGAUCGGGAAGGGUUCUGAGUUUGUGGCUGGUAUAUCGCUGCGGAGAUAAUCACCCGCCAGCUAUGAGGGGUAAGAUUAAGUCAGCCCCAGCCCCGAGGUCCGAGGAUAAACCGCAUCAACAUAAACAACCACUUAAGCCAGACCAACUGCAGAAGCACAAUUGAUCAUCCAAAAUGUCACGACCCCGACCGUUCACACGACUGCUUGUUGCCAACAGGGGCGAAAUCGCGGUGCACAUCAUCCACGCAGCCCGUGAGCUGUCACCGCCAAUCCAAGUGCUUGCUCUUUACACAGAACAGGAUCGCUCUCACUGCGACCUGGGUCGUCCCGAUCAGGAGGUUUUGGUGGAAUCGCCCACAGCAUAUCUGGACAUUCCGCUGCUGAUCCGUCUCGCGAAAGAGCAUGCCGUCGAAGCCGUGCACCCAGGCUACGGGUUCCUGAGCGAGAGCGCUGACUUCGCCCGCCGCAUGCACGAUGUUGGAGUCACAGUUGUCGGGCCAGGCUGGGAGACGCUGGCGCGGACUGGCGACAAGCUCCAAGCAAAGGAACUUGCUGUCAAGUGCGGUGUGCCUGUCUUGCCAGCCACGCCGACCCCAGCAGCUGACAUCGCCCUGAUCCGGGAUUUCGCACGAGAGGUCCAAUAUCCCGUGAUGAUCAAAGCCGUCGACGGUGGUGGGGGGCGAGGGAUCCGUCUGGUCCGUGACGAUGGUGAGCUGGAGCGUGCCGUCGACGCAGCGAUGGCAGAGUCACCUUCGCGGACGGUUUUCGCAGAGAAGGCCGCAGUGGACGGAUAUCGCCAUAUCGAGGUGCAAGUAGUAGGUGACGGACUCGACGUCUGUCAGCUCGGGGAGCGCGAUUGCAGCGUGCAGCGACGGUUCCAGAAGAUAAUCGAGAUGGCCCCGUCUCUAAUUCUUGACCGAACUCUGGUGCAGCAAGUGCUGGAUGCGGCACUGAGGAUGGCGAAGGCCAUUCGUUACCGUUCGCUAGGAACUGUGGAGUUUCUGGUCAAUGAGAAACAAGGGCAAUUCUACUUUCUUGAAAUCAAUCCACGUCUACAAGUCGAGCAUACCAUUACAGAAGCGAUUCACGGGAUCGACCUCGUCCAGAUACAGCUGCGACUGGCGCAAGGGAACACACUUGCACAGACUGGUCUAGAGCCCACAUCACUGGUAGCUCCUCGUCUGUAUUCCAUGCAGCUACGGCUAUGUGCCGAAGAUCCCCAUGACCGCUUCUCACUCAGCUCCGGCAAAGUGACGGAGUUCAUGUGUCCUGGUGGCAACGGGGUCAGAGUCGAUACCCACGUGAACCCAACUAGUGGGGGACCAGUGACAGUUGGCACCCAGUUCGAUAAUCUACUCGCCAAGAUCAUCGUGACCGCAACCAGCUGGGAUGCUACGGUGCUGAAAGCUCGACGAGUGCUAGCAGACACAAGGAUCAGCGGCAUCCGCACCAAUCUAGAUCUGCUGUGCGGGGUGACCGGCCACGACGACUUUCUGUCGCGCAGAAUCGACAAUCAAUGGCUGGAGUCGCGCCUAACGGAAGUCCUCCACAUGGGGAGCCAUGCGGGAACAGGUCACCGCGAAAAAGCCGAUUCAAAUGCCAAUUUCUCGUCGCUUGUCGGAAACUCAGCGUCGAAUCCACUCCUUCGCGGGGGAGACGCAUGGUCUGUCGUCCUCGAGCCUCUCCACUCUCCCCAGAAGCAACCCCAGGACACGGACGCCCUGCGUCAUCAUCUCCGGUUGACGCGCGUACUCCAGAACGACUUCCCCUCCUCCUUGGCCGCCGAAGUCGAGUACACCACCGCCACCUCGUCAGCAGCAUAUCGCCUCCAGCUCGCAGCCACCACAACUGCAGCGUCCGCCUUGGUCUCGUCUACCCAGCGACGCGGGGACACCCGCAACCCACGACACAUUGUCCUCCCGCUUUCCGGCAGGCUGAUCGAGAUCUUAGUGGCGACCGGCGAUCAGAUAGCCAAAGACCAGGUCGUGGCCUUUGUCAAGCUAAUGAAAAUGGAGGUGGAGAUUCGCAGCCCCCGCGCGGGCCGUGCGCACUGGGUUUAUGAGAUGGAAGACGACGAGGACGAGGUAGCAGAAGGUAUGUUAUUGGUCGAACUGGAGGGUAGCGCGGUGAAAGGGAAAUUGUGACUUCCUUUGCUGCUGGGUAUCGCAGCGCGUGCGGUAGAUGACACCCACAACAUGCAGGUUCUAUA